AUGGGGGAAUGGCUAUACAGCGAGAACGGACUUCGGAAUAUGAGUGACGAACUGCCUAGCAUCAGUCAAUCAGCUGUCCCCGUACUGCGCAAACGAGCCCUCUUUUGUAACCUGGAAAUCAAAAAGCCUUACGGACAUCCAGACCCAGUACCGCAACUUGGCGUUUGGCCCGUGACCGGAUUGACGAAAUUGUCGAAUCUGGCACGAGAGUCUCGGAAUAAGACGGGCAGAGGCGGCGAAUUGCAGUUUGCCAAAGCCUUAUUACGUGCUCCGAAAACUCUUCUGCUCGAUGAGGCUGCAUCAGCACUCGACUUUGAUUCAGAACGUACGAUUCAACUUGUAUUUGAUUGCGCCGCCAUUGGGAGAACAACUAUUGCAGUGUCUCACCGUCUCAGCACCAUCCAGAACGCCGACCGAAUCUAUAUCUUCGAUCGAGGCACGAUAGUCGAGGUCGGGUGUCAUGCUGAGCUCAUGAAUCGUAAGGGAAUACCAGGAGCUGGUCAGGUUGCAGCAAUUUGGAAGUGGCGGAGAUGA